AUGGCAAAACAACAGAAACAAAACUCAGAGAAGCUACCUUCAAUUUCAAGCAAUGAUUUAUUCUAUGAGAAGAUGACCUCUGGUGGUUUAAAAGAUACUGAUUCGAAAAAAAUUCAAUUUUCGAUUUCAAAAGGCGCAAAGUCGCAAUCAAUUAGGAGCGGUGACCGCUUUAAGACUGGUGGUCGUGACGAUCGGGAUUAUGAUGACGAGGAAAAACAUCGCAAUAGUAGAGGUAGGGACAGACAAAAUCGGAGUAAUUACGAGAACAAGAAAAAUGGAAAUGAUAGUCGGACUUUUGACCGACUAAGCGAUCGGAAAGAAUCCACCAAUCGCCCGUCAAAUCGUGAUCGGGACCACAGAGAACGUGGCGAGCAACGGCGUACUCAUGAUCGUAGUCACAACAUUGACCGAACGCGAGAGCCAGAGCGAGACAGGGAUCGCAACCGAAAGAGAGAUAACGAUGGGGAUAGAGAGAGAGAAAGAGUCCGAGACUGGGAUAGAGAUAGAGAUAGGGACCGGGGAAGGGAUACCGAUAAGAGGAAAAGGGAGGUCAACAGAGAACAUGAUAAGGAUAGAAGCCGGGGUCGCAAUCAUGAUAAAGACCGCGAUCAUCGGAGUCGAGGCGAUUAUGGCGAGCCUCUCCCUGACAAAGAUAAAGACCGUGUCCGUGACAAUGGCUUGCGUACCAUUAAGCGGGGUGAUAGUCAAGGCGUGAAUGAUUCUCUAGAUUUAUAUUCUUCUCCUCCCCCUGAUUCCCCUUUAUCUACUUCAGCAAAAAAAUGGGUUAAAAUCCCUUCAAAAAAUCAUCCAGGACGGUCUAGUGGGGCUAAUAGCGAGUACGGAAGUAACUCUACAGGAAAAUCACAAAGAAAUAAGAAGGGCCGGCAUUCCGAUAGGACAGACCCCGAUCGAAAACGCAAAGAAAGAGAGCCUUUUGGUGAAAAUGAGUCAGACGAGGCCAGAUUGGGAUCAAAGAGGCAUAUUCGUUCAAGUGAAGAUAGUCGAAAUCCUCCGCGGAGAAAAGAAUCGAAAGAUGAUUCACGGUCGGUAGAUGUUGAGAGUGGUAGUAAUAUUUCUGUUGCUCCAGUUCCAAUAUCGGCGCCGCCCCCGCCACUCCCGCCUCAGCCGAAAGUUAGAUAUGAAUCCAUUUAUGAGCGCGUUCUACAGGUUGGUGAAGGAACCUAUGGUAAAGUUUAUAAAACAACAAACAGAGACACGGGUCUAAUAGUGGCUCUCAAGAGAUUAAGAAUGGAAUCCGAGCGAGAAGGUAUGCCGAUUACUGCAAUUCGUGAAAUCAAACUUCUGCAGUCUUUACGACAUGAAAACAUUGUCUCGCUACAGGAGAUGAUGGUUGAAGAGGGUGGCAUAUAUAUGGUGUUCGAAUAUAUGGACCAUGACAUUGCAGGUAUCCUUUCAUAUCCUGAUCUAAACUUAAGCCAGGGAAAUAUUAAAUUUUUGUUUAGACAAAUGAUGGACGGCCUAUCUUAUCUCCAUCAUCAAUCAAUAGUACAUCGAGAUAUCAAAGGCUCUAACAUUUUGUUGGAUUCUAGGGGAAAUGUUAAGAUUGCAGAUUUUGGACUUGCUCGGAAAAUCGAUCUUUCUAAUUCAUUGGCACACUACACGAACAGGGUAAUCACAUUGUGGUACCGCCCUCCUGAACUAUUAUUGGGUGCAACUAUUUAUUCUACGGGUAUUGACAUAUGGGGUAUGGGAUGUUUACUUAUCGAACUGUUUAACAAAAGUGCUAUAUUUCAGGGAAAAGAUGAAAUAUCGCAAUUGGCAGCUAUUUACGAUAUUAUGGGAACUCCAACAAAAGAAAGUUGGCCUAGGGCCCAUGAGCUACCAUGGUUUCAUAUAUUGUAUGAUGGAAUCAUUAAACCGAAUGUAUUUCGGUCGACCUUUCAGAAAUUGGAGUUGACAGAAGCCACAUUCGAUUUGGCUGAAAGGUUGUUGGGAGUUGACCCUGGCACGAGAAUCAGCGCCCAUGAUGCUCUAGAGCAUGAGUAUUUUAAAGAGGAGCCUGUUCCAGAACAACUUGACCUCAGUGAAAUUGGUGAAUGGCACGAUUUUGAAGCCAAAAAGAGACGAAGGGAAAAGAGACGGGAGAAAGAAAGAGAUAAGGAUACCAAGCGUAGCAGCCGAGAUAAAUCAAUCUCAGCACCCCCGCCUCCAGCUCCGGCAGCAAAAUCAGAAGAAGUGUGGAAAACUGAAGUUGUUGACCAUACACCGGUUUCAGUCCCAGUAUCUGCGCCAUCUACAGAUACGUCGAAGCUCGCUACUAGGUUGCCGACUGAAUCGCCCCGUCAAUAA